CCCCUUAUCUCCAUGUCUCUGGUCUUCUCUCUGAUUUCUGUUGCUCUUUCUGGACCUCUCGUUCUUCCUGACUGAAAGUUCUGGAGAGUGGAGGAGUAUAUAUAUAACCCAGGAGAGGGCCAGAAGAACAACUUUUCAAUGAAAGAGGAGUUCUGAAAAGAAACUAAGCGUAAACCAGACCAGGAUGGCUUUACUGUGUUAUAACAGAGGCUGUGGUGAAAGGUUUGAUGAGGACAAGAACCCUGAUGAUGCAUGUCUUUUUCACCCUGGAGUGCCUAUCUUCCACGAUGCCUUGAAGGGCUGGUCCUGCUGUAAGAAGAGAACAACAGAUUUCUCUGAGUUUCUCUCUAUCAAGGGUUGUUCUCGUGGAUGCCACAGCAACGUGAAGCCUAAAGAGCCGCUGAAGCCAGAGAUCACGUCUGAUAAAGGAGAGCAGAAGCGCCACAGCAGCAAGGAGACAAUCUUCCAGGGCCCUAAAUCUGCUGAGGCUCUGGAAAAGGAGAGACCCAGCUCCGAUGAGCCGAAGUCCAAGCUGAAAGUGAAGGUGUCUCCCUCACUGACUCAGAUCCUGGUGAAAAUGGAGAUCAGUGAGAAAGAGAAGCAGGAAAAAAUCGAGAGCGAUGGUGUCAUUGUGGGGACUAAGUGCAAAAACGCAGGCUGCAAAACACUGUACCAGGGGCCAGAGACAGAUGCAGAGAUUUGCACACAUCACUUUGGAGCACCAGUUUUUCAUGAGGGUUACAAAUACUGGAGCUGCUGCUGCAUUAAGACCAUCGACUUUAACGCUUUCCUCGAUCAGAAGGGUUGUACUGCAGGCAAACACUGCUGGGUCCAAAAGCAGGAUAAGAAAAAGGUGGCAUGUCGAAAUGACUGGCACCAGACGGGCAACCAGGUGGUGGUCACCAUUUAUGCCAAGAAUGCCAGCCCUGAGCAUUCCUAUGUGGAGGCCAACCGCACAGUGCUGACUUGUCAUAUUCAGUUUGAAAAGAACAAGGAGUUUCACAAGGAAUUCCAUCUGUGGGGGGUAAUUGAUGUAAAGAACAGCAUUGUGAAUAUGUUGCCUUCAAAAGUAGAAGUGACCUUAAAGAAGGCCCAUGCUGUAGCUUGGGGUAAACUGGAAGACCCCAAACACAAACCUGAGGUCACAGAAAGCACAGAAAGCACCUCAGAGCAAGAGACGAAAGAUGAAGAAAAACCAGAUUGGUACAUCUCAGAUGAUGACAUCAGUGAGUCAGACUGGGAUGACAGCGAAGAUGAUGAUAAGAAAGAGAAAGAGCAAGAGCAAGCGCAGGAGCAGGAGCAGGAUUUGGACUGUCCUCCUUUGCUGGAAGAACCCAAACCUGUACCUCCAAAGAAAUAGAGGUCAAUUAGUAUCCAAAAAUAGAUUGUUUUUAUACAAUAGGACAGUAGGGGUUGGAUGGGGUUGCAUGUUGGUGUGAUUGUGAAGUUAGAAUUAGAAUAAAAAUUCAUUUCAUUGUGAUAUAAAUUAUACAAAUAUUGAUUUAAAACGUGUUCCCGGGUCAAUGCACAUUUUUUUUUUAUUGACCAUCACCAGAAUUACUCUUUGGAGUUAUUUAUUGUUGUUAUUUUCCAAAAACUAAACAUUCUAAAGUGUUUUAUUCCCAUUAUACUAAAGCACCUUGCCUACCAUUUCAACUCAAAUGUAUUACUGGACAUUGUUAUGCUUUUAAUCCUUUUAUAUCUGCAUUGAACACCAAAAAGGCAAGACCCUUCCUAUUCUCACUUACAUUAUAGCAAGACUCCUGCAGGCACAAUCUUCCCGUCCUGAAGACUCUCCUGUGGUGGAAAGUGUCCAUAAUCAUUAAUAAACAUCUAAUAUAAAAACCUCA